UCUGCAUGGGGCCUUCAAGUUUCAAAUAUUAGAAUAACCUGUGAAGCAAGUUGUAUUAUAGAUUGCUUUAUGAUAACUUAGUCACAUUGUAUCAAAUUGCAUUUACUUGGACCAUAUAUUUCUAUAUAUCAAGUUCUUGACCGAUCAUCAUCUUUGAGCAACUUCGAUUAUGGAGAAGCUAGCAUUAUUAUUCUUAUACUCUAGUGUUCUAAUACCAAUCUUUAUAACUUGUGCAGCGAAGGACACCAUAACAGUUGGUCAAGUCAUCCGAGAUGGCGAUAGUACUCUUGUUUCAGCUGAUGAAACAUACGAACUUGGGUUUUUUAGUCCAGGAAGCUCUAGAAACCGGUUUCUGGGGAUAUGGUUUAAAAACAUAUCACCUCAAACCGCCGUCUGGGUUGCUAACACAGAGGCUCCACUGACCAAUGUAUUUGGUGAGCUCAGAGUUAGCCAUGGUGGAUUGCAACUGUUCAGCGGUAACAACAUGGUUAUCUGGUCAACUAAUUCAUCUGGAUAUGUUAGUUUGGUGGCACAGCUACUAAAUAUGGGAAUCUUGUUUUACGUGAUCAGGGGAUUUUGAUCUGGCAAAGUUUUGAUCAUCCUGGAGACACUCUUCUUCCAGGAAUGAGAAUUGGUGUAGACUUGGUAACAGGAAAAAGCAGACACUUAACUUCAUGGAAGACCGAAGAUGACCCGUCUGCAGGUCCUUAUGUUCUUCGGGUGGCUCCAAAUGGGUAUCCACAACUGUUUGAGACGCAGAAUUUGGAUUCAAAGUCGAGAUUCGGACCAUGGAAUGGUGCUACGUUUAAAGGCAUGCCUGAUUUCGGUGGUAAUUCAAUACAAUUUAUAUUUAAUGACACAGGGAGGUACUUUGGAUACAAUCUUGUGAACAGCCCACAGGCUUCCAGGAUGCGUUUGAAGCCGGAUGGAGAUAUUGAAUACUUAAACUGGAUAAAUCUCACACAAAGCUGGAAUGCAUUUUCAACUGCAACAAAUGAUAAUUGUGCAAGUUAUUCCAUCUGCGGUCCGUAUGGAGUCUGUAACAUUGAUAACACCCCUGCUUGUAGUUGCCUGGACGGUUUUGAACCACGAAACGCUGAAGAUUGGAGAAGAGCAGAUUGGUCGAGUGGGUGUCAACGGAUAGAGCCAUUAGCAUGUGGGAAUGAGAACGGAUAUGGGGAUAGUUUUCCUAAUAUUACUGGUGUAAAAUUCCCUGACACAAAUGUCUCAUGGUACAAUCAGAGCAUGACACUUGCCGAAUGUGAAGUUGCCUGCAAGAGGAAUUGCUUGUGUAUGGCGUAUGCUAAUUCAGAUAUUACAAAUGGCGGAAGUGGAUGCUUGCUAUGGUUCAGUGAUCUAGUGGAUAUACGCUUGGAUGACGAAACUCAACAGCUAUACAUUAGAAUGCCUGCCUCUGAGCUAACAAGCCCUACAGCCCGGGAACACGGCUCUAACAAAAAGAAGCAAACGAUCAUAAUAGUUGUGUCAACUCUACUUGGUUCGAUCCUCAUUCUAGCACUUUAUUUAGCAUGGAGAAAGAACAAGAGAUCUCACAAGACAAUACUAGGUCGAGUACCAGCCCGGAACGAGAAGUGUGCCAAUGAAAGUGGCAAGGAAGAUAAAGAGUUGUCGUCUUAUAGCCUAUCCAUCAUUGCUAAUUCUACUAACAACUUCUCUCUCAACAAUAAGCUUGGUGAAGGUGGCUUUGGUUCGGUUUACAAGGGCGUGUUGGAAGAUAGACAAGAAAUAGCUGUGAAACGACUGUCGGAAACUUCAACACAAGGGCAAGAUGAGUUCAAGAAUGAAGUUAAGUUCAUUGCCAAACUGCAGCAUAGAAAUCUUGUAAAGCUUAUUGGAUACUGCAUUCAGGAAAAGGAAAGAAUGUUGAUAUAUGAAUACAUGGCAAAAAAAAGUCUUGACUCGUUUAUCUUUGGGACCUACAGAAGUUCAACACUUGAUUGGCCUCAUCGUUUUCAUAUUAUCCAUGGGAUUGCUCGUGGACUUCUUUAUUUGCAUCAUGAUUCACGCUUAAAUAUCAUACAUAGAGAUUUGAAAGCUAGCAAUAUUUUGUUGGAUAAGGACUGGAACCCAAAGAUAUCAGACUUUGGUCUUGCAAGAAGGUUUAGUGGACAUGAAACUGAAGUUAAUACUACCAGAGUGGUUGGAACCUAUGGUUAUAUUCCUCCGGAGUAUGCACUGCACGGGCUUUUCUCAGUAAAAUCCGACGUGUAUAGCUUUGGAGUUUUGGUGCUUGAAAUUGUAUGUGGGAAGAAAAACCAAGGAUUCUCUCAUGAAGAACAUAACCAUACCCUUAUUGGACAUGCAUGGAGACUGUACAACGAAGGAAAGUCACUUGAGCUCAUGAGUUCAUCUCUGGGAGCCUCGUGUGUUGAGUCUCAAGUGUUGCGAUCAAUACAUAUUGGUUUGUUAUGUGUGCAACAUCAUGCAGAAGAUAGACCAACUAUGUUGUCGGUGGUUCUCAUGUUAGGUAACGAGAAUGCUUUGCCUCCACCUAAACAACCUGCAUUUUUCACCGAAGAAGAAAUGCCAGAUUUUGGAUGUAUUUCAUCUGGACCAACAUUGGAUUCUGUUGAUGAAAUCACCAUAACCCGUUUACAAGCUCGAUAA